UGAGGACAGUGCAGCCAGGGCUCCGUUCAGGCAGCAAAAACUUGGUAGUCCUUGAAAGCGUUUAACUUUUUGGUGGCGCUCAUUACAUCUGUAGACUGCCUAUUGGGCCUCGUCAUUUGGACUCUCCUGUGCGACUGCUUCUGUAGAUGAUGGCGGCCAACUCCAACCUACCACGGCGAAUUAUAAAGGAAACACAGCGGCUGCUCAGUGAACCAGCGCCGGGGAUCAGUGCCUCACCGGCUGAGGACAACUUGCGCCACUUUAAUGUGAUGAUUUUAGGGCCAACACAAUCUCCUUAUGAAGGCGGUGUUUUCAAAUUGGAGCUAUUUCUACCAGAGGAUUACCCGAUGGCACCCCCAAAGGUCCGAUUCCUUACAAAGUUAUAUCACCCAAAUGUUGAUAAGCUAGGACGCAUCUGCCUCGAUAUUUUGAAAGACAAAUGGAGCCCUGCCCUGCAGAUUCGAACUGUCCUUCUUAGUAUUCAAGCUUUGUUGAGUGCACCAAAUCCGGAUGACCCACUUGCGGAGAAUGUUGCAAAGCAUUGGAAGCAGAAUGAAAUCGAAGCAGUUGCUACGGCGAAGGAAUGGACACGACUAUAUGCUGGAGGUGCAUAAAGCCGCUGUGUAGUCGAUAGGAGCUGGGGCUAAAUAUGUAAAGUGUAAGGAGGCGUCAAAUUUGCGACCGUCAUAUCCAAGUGAUGUUAAGUGGGCCUUAUACUUGCUUUCUCACGUUUUCGCAAAUUCGUUUUUAGCAUACUACAUUCUCACCCUUUCAAGGUUAUGGCCGUUUACAAAAUAUUCGAAACACUUGGGUCGUAUCCUUGGUAUGACACUUAGGGUGAUCAAAACCAAUCGUUAUUUAGCCCGCUUGAGCUUCAAACCUGGGGCGAGAGUCGGAUGACUGCAGCAUAGUGUGCUCGUGUGUCUCUUUUGGGUCAACAUCGACUAUAUUGCAAUUUCCCAAAUGAAAAAGCACAGGAGGCUCCGAGCUCACCUAGUUGCAUUCGAUACUAAAUUAGAUGGUUCAACUUUAGCUCAUGGCUCACGCAACCUCAACGAUCGGCCCUUUGAACUCUUAAUCAUUGUUUAUCAUGUGU